AUGUAUGAAAAGAGCGUAACUCUAUUAAACGGCAAAAGAAUUCCCAGCAUUGGACUUGGUGUCUACGCGAUCUCAACCAGUUCUGCAGCACAAGUUGUGCAUGAAGCUCUCAAAUGUGGCUAUAGACAUUUUGAUACGGCUGAGUACUACGGCAACGAAAAGGCAGUCGGUAAUGGUAUCUCUGCAUGGUUGAGUGAAGAUAAGAACAAUAAGCGUGAGGAUGUGUUUUACACUACUAAAAUUUGGACGCAACCCGGUGGCGACAUGACUCGCAAUAUUAGGGAGCGCUUCGAGAAGGUCAAACAACUAGGCUAUAUUGAUCUUUUGUUGAUACAUUCUCCACUAGGCGGCAAGGAAACGAGGCUAGGAACCUAUGAGGCUAUGCAAGAUGCCGUCGAUAUGGGUAUUGUCAAGUCUAUCGGGGUUUCGAAUUACGGGGAAAAACACAUUAAGGAGUUAUUAAGCUGGCCUGGUUUGAAACACAAGCCUGUUGUAAAUCAAAUUGAAGUUGCACCAUGGAUUAUGCGGGUAGACUUGGUUGACUACUGUAACUCCCAAGGGAUUAAAGUUCAGGCUUACUCACCCUUGGGACAGGGCGCAAAAUGGGAUCAUCCGUCUUUGAAAUCCAUCGCGGCUAAGAAAGGCUGUGAACCUGCCCAGGUUCUAAUAAGUUGGUCUUUGGCGAAGGGACUAAUUCCGUUGCCAAAGACCCAGAAUAUAAGCAGGCUACAAAGCAAUCUAGACUCCUACAACGUUGAACUAGACGAGGAGGAUAUCAAGGCUUUAGAUCGGCCUGAGUUGCACGAUAAUCAGUCUUGGGAAUGCACAGAUGCUGCCUGA